CAAUACCCAGAAGUCAGCCUCGAUUUCGAAUGAGCGCAGCGGGGAGCAAAUCCAUGUUAUACGUUGACACUUCGUCGUGUUAAAUCAGCUGUUUAUCUCUCGGAUAAUAUAUAAUCUCAUCUCUGUACUUAACAGAGUUCAUGCUAUAUAUAAUACGCUUAGACAUUUAGAAUGGCCCGAACAUUAACAAUUGGAUAAAGUUAAAACUCUGCUGGAUUGGAAAAAUGGCCACUAAAAAAUGCGUCAAUUUAUUCAGCAAACAUUUGAAAAAUACUUUCGAUAAACAAACAAAGAGAUGUUUACAAACUAAAUACAGCUCAAAAGACAUAGGGUUUCUCGGAGUUCCAUUCGCUGCUGGACAGUCCCGAGGAGGAGUGGAACACGGUCCAGCUGCCCUAAGAGAUGCCGGGAUCGUCCAGAAGUUGGGGUACAUGGGUUUUAAUGUUCACGAUUACGGCGACCUGAAGUUUGAUCACAUCUUUCAUGACCCUCCGGAUAUAGUUAAGAACCCACGCAGCGUUGGCCAAGGAGCAUAUCAGGUCUCAGAAGCAGUCAAAGAUAUCAUAUCAGCUGGACAUUGUGGGCUGACGAUAGGUGGCGAUCAUAGUCUCUCAAUAGGUACUGUGCACGGGCACUGUCAGGCAGAGGAAAAUGUAUGCCUUAUAUGGGUCGAUGCGCACGCAGACAUUAAUACCCCUCUAACGUCAGCGACUGGGAACGUACACGGCAUGUGUCUAUCAUUCGUUGUACAUGAGCUACAAGAAUACAUUCCGGACAUUGUAGAUUUUGACUGGAUCCAACCUUGUAUUUCUGCCAAAGACAUCGCUUACAUUGGUCUGAGGGAUUUGGAUCCAGGCGAGAGACACAUUAUUGAGAAGCUUGGUAUAAGCUGUUACACGACACACGAGAUUGACCACUUUGGAAUAGAGUACGUCCUAAAGAAGUCUAUUGAAGCCGUUAACCCAAAUAUGGACAGGCCAAUGCAUCUCAGUUAUGACAUCGACUCAUUGGACCCUGCUAUCUCACCCAGCACUGGAACACCAGUUCCAGGAGGACUUACUAUUAGGGAGGGGAUGUAUAUUGCCGAGGAACUUGCACAGACAGGGUUGCUCCAUCAUAUAGAUCUGGUUGAAGUGAACCCGUUGAUCGGAACAAAGAGGGAUCAAAACUUGACGAUAUUUACAGCGUCUGAGAUUAUCCAGGCUUGCUUCGGGAAGAGGCGUCGGGGAAACGUUGACCCAAAUUACAAACUUCCCAUCCCAGAGAAACCAAGGAAGAUCUUGUCUCCUUCUCGGACAAUGAACGAAAAGAAAAAAGUUCAUAUAUGAGAAUCCCGGCUUCGAAGUGUGAGAUGUCUCAGUUGAAAAUGUCCCUCCUCCUGCCAUCUAUAUGUAAUAAAAUACAAAAAGGUCCAUUAUACCAUGAUUUCGAAUCAUUGGUUUUUAAAAUAUAAAAUAUAGGAUGUCGAACCAUCUUUUCAAUAAUUUAGGCCAAUUUUCCGAAAGCUAAGGCACAUAUAUUUAAAAGAAACUGGAUUGCCUUUUGAAAAGGGGCCCCUUAAAGGUUCAUUUUCAGUAAAACCGAAAUAGAAAAAAUAUUUCGGGCUCAACGAACAUUCGAUUACCAGUUGGGACAUUCGUAUCUGUUGGACAUUUUGCACUCUCGGUUCUAUGCCAAACUAAAUUCAGUAAUUUGAAUCUGAUAAAAACAAUGCACAAGAGGACGAUAUGAUGUGACCAUUGACAACUGCGCUUCAUGCAUUUCGAUGUAAAUGUGUUAUACGUUUAUUACCAUUAAACUGGUAAUCAAUAGAAUAAUAAAUUAAUAUUAC